AUGGCCACGCCUCGCGGCUACCGUUCGGUGGUCUACUUUGCCAACUGGUCCGUGUACGUCCGUGCCUAUAAGCCCCAAGAUCUGCCCGCCGAGCACAUCACCCACAUCCUCUAUGCCUUUGCCAAUAUCCGGCCCGAGUCCGGCGAGGUCAUCCUGACCGACACAUGGGCAGACACCGGCAUUCACUGGGAAGGAGACACCUGGGACCAGCCAGGCAACAACAUGUUUGGUUGCAUGAAGCAGAUCAACAUCCUCAAAAAGCGCAACCGCAACCUCAAGGUGCUGCUGUCCAUUGGUGGCUACACCAGCUCGGUUAACUUUGUCAAGCCGGCCUCGCGCCCUGAGCUCCGCGCGGUCUUUGCCGAGACCGCCGCCAAGCACGUCAAGGAGCUCGGCUUUGACGGCAUCGACCUGGACUGGGAGUACCCGCAGAAUGCAGAAGAGGCCGCCAACUACGUGCAGCUGCUGUACGAGUGCCGCAAGGCGCUGGAUGCCUACGGCGACUCGCUCGGCCCCAACCGGUACCACUUUGAGCUGACGGUGGCCUGCCCCGCCGGGCCGCAAAACUAUGAGAUUCUCGAUGUGCCGGCCAUGGACCGCUACCUCGACUUCUGGAACCUCAUGAGCUACGACUACGCGGGCUCCUGGAGCAGCGUCUCGGGCCACCAGGCCAACGUCUACCCGCACCAGACCAACCCCGCCAUCACGCCCGCGAGCACCGCUGUCGCCCUGCACUACUACCAGUCGCGCGGUGUGGCCACGAACAAGAUUGUGAUGGGCUUGCCGCUGUAUGGUCGCGCGUUUACCAACACCGACGGUCUUGGCCGGCCGUUUGAGGGCACGGGUCCCGGGUCGUUUGAGGCCGGUGUCUGGGAUUUCAAGGCCCUGCCGCCACCGGACGCACAAGAGCACUACGACCCAGAGAUUAUUGCGUCGUCGUGCUACGAUCCCAAGUCACGCACGUUCAUCACCUACGACAGCCAGCCGUCCACGCUGGCCAAGGCCAUCUUCAUCAAGGACCGAGGACUGGGCGGUGCCAUGUGGUGGGAAGCCAGCGGCGACCGCGAGGGUCCCGCCAGCUUGGUACGGAUCAUGUCGAACGCUCUGGGAGGCCCGGCGAAUCUCCAGCAGCAGCCCAACUGCAUCACGUACCCGGAGUCGCCCUACGACAACCUGCGGAAUGGACACCUAUAG